AAGGAAAUAACGCCGCCUGCUGGAGGGAGACAGAUUUUCCACCGAGUUGUGCCUUUCCUUUCCUCUGGUUUAAAUUAUACCAGUUUAGCUGGACCUUCUUCCGGGUGCAGUUUAUACUAUUUUUCGCUUACAGCUGAUUCAACCAGCUAACGGAAUACCAAACUAUCAGCACAGCAUACUCACACCACUGAUAACGAUUACUUUACACUAACUAGCUACAGAUCUCAAUUUGAACGACCUCUUUGAGAACCGGUAGCUUGUUACCUCUUGACUUUAGCCUGCUAGCUAACGCGUGUUAACGUUAGCCAUAAUGGUCGUCUGGUGGAUGAGACCGGGUGGAAGGCUAUGAAAUCCAGCUCCCAGUCGGGAUAGCUUAGGGGGAAAGCCAGGAUGCUGCAGGGACUGUACGGAAGUCUGGAUCGGGACAAGCCGCUGAUCCGGCUUCCUUUCACGGACUUUGCCGUUGGGACUGUCUUGCUGGCUCUAACCGGUCUAAUAGCCUGCAUCGUCAUUUCUCUGAUGUUCCAUUUCGAUGAGUCUACCUAUACCCACUGUCAGGUGCCCAACUACCUCCCUUCCAUCAGUGCGUCUAUCAGUCUGGUCCCAGAGCGCUAUAUAUGGAGGUUCUGUAUCGGCCUGCACUCGGCCCCUCGUUUCCUGGUGGCUGCGGCCUACUUCAGCUUCUACCGCGGACGGUUUGCUAAGAGCUUCCCUGACAUGGGCCUUAGCGUCCUGGCUCUCAUAGCUGCCCUGGCAGAGAACGUAGGCCUGCUGUUGCUCACCUAUGUGUCCUCUACUGAGACCUACAGUGUUCACAAGAAUGGUUUUAUCACGUUCGCCGCCUGCUCUCUUCUGCACAUGCUCAUUACCUGCAGACUGUGGCAGGUGAUUAAGAAGUUCAGUCUCAACCCCGAGGAGAUCACGUCGUUUCGUUGGAAGGUGCGGCUCUUUCUCUUCAAUGUCAGCUUUUGUUUGGUCGCCGCCUACUUUUACAGACGCCACAACAAGUACUGCGAACCCAUAAUCUACACUCUGUUUGCUCUAUGUGAGUACCUGGUGGUGCUCUCCAACAUGGCCUUCCACAUGACGGCAUUCUGGGACUUUGGAAACAAGGAAGUGAUGGUCACCACUCCAGCAGAGGACAAACGCUAUUGAAGACUGAGCGUGACAGAGGACACACCCCUACUCUUGUUAAUUUUUACCGUUAUUUAGAACCUGACAAGUAUAAAAGCACAAAGCAAGUUAAUUCAUCCAAAGGUUCAGACAGCUGAACAGACAAAGACAUAUUCACACAAACUGGUAUUUAACCCUUUCUCUUAUGCUGAGCCCACUCCUUACACAUCUGAACAGCCAAUACACCUCUUUUGCUAUACAGAAGAUUAGUGAUAUCUGUUCUUCCUCACUUCAUCUAACCUGACCUCAGCCCAAAUUCCCCACUCCUCCCCAACUCACGGCUGUCCUUGUACCAGACUGUGACCCUUCUCCUUUCCAUAGGAUACCUGAUGUCUAACAAUAACAUGUUCUGACGGAACGUAAACAUUCUACAAUCCCCUCCCUCCCUCAGUAACAUGAAUAAGGAUAUUUAGAACUCAUCAGUUCCCCCUUUGAACAUUAACUCCAUGCUGUUCAACAUUAUAUAAACUUGGAAAUGACUUAGAAAUAAACAAACAAUGAUAAUAAAACAUGACCAAAAAAUAAAACAUGAUUACCAUUCACAGUU